UUGUGAUGAAGUGUUUGUUACUUUUCUGUGACAAAGGGAUCGGUGGAUGGGGCUGUUUUAUGGAAUUAAAUUAGAAGGAUUCUAAUUUUUUGAAAUUUGCUGCCAAAUUGUAUUAAUGCUACAGAAUGGGGGAAACAGCAACUGCUAGGGAGUAGUCAUUAAUGGUGUGUAAUGUAGGUUAAUUUUAAAUUGAAUCAUGUUUGGUCUUUGUCCUGAUCCCAGCCAGUUCUGUGUCUUGGCUCCCAACUGUUAUUUGCAGUAUAGCCUACAACGCCUCUUUCAGAAGCCAAGUCCAGCCUUCAGCCAGCAAACAUUAUUCUCUUCUGCACCAGUGUUCAUUCUUACCUUUUCCCCCCCAGAUGUGAUAAACUCUGGAUGCCUGCUGUGCAAAGCCUAUGUGACUUUGGAUCCAGACACAGCUCACCCCAAACUCGUUCUGUCCGAGGAUCGGAAAAGCAUGGUCCUGGGAAACAAGCCUAGGAUUACGUUCCAUUGCUGUAAAACAUUUGACCAAUGUCUUUUUGUGCUUGGGCAUAAGAAAUUCAAGUCAGGCAGGUACUACUGGGAAGUCACUGUAGGAAAUGAGGAUGGCUGGGGCCUUGGUGUUGCCAGGGCCUCUGUGAGGCGCAAAGGCAUUGUCCCUAUAGAUCCUGCAGAAGGAAUCUGGGCAAUGGCAAAGUGGGGAGACCACUGUACAGUCCUCCUCCCUCCUCAUUUCCCCAUCCUGCCUAUAAGCUGGGAUCUCAAGAGGAUCCGAGUAUCUCUGAAUUAUACCGGAGGGAGGCUGUCCUUUUUUGAUGCAGAUAGAGGGAUUCUGUUGUUUGCCUUCUCAGGAGCUUCAUUUUCUGGGGAAUCCCUUCACCCUUUCUUUUGGCUUUGGGGGAAAGCCCAGCUCAGUCUCUGUCAUUAAAAGGGUUCAACCUUGCUUGUAGGCCGUACUCUUCCCAGCUCCAUCACAUUCAUAAUUCUCGAUCCAGAUCUCAGUUUCCUUCCGCCUCAUUUCCAUACCUUCCCAGUCCUCCAGCUACAGAGGAUUGGAAAGGCCCAAUUUCUGUCUUUAUGAGAGCUGAUCCUUAAGGCAGCCAUCCUCAAUCUGGUGUGUCAGAGAGGAACAUCCUGAAGUUCUCAGAGUUGAAAUCCAAUCCGCCUAGAGGAUACCUAGUUGUGGAUGGAUGAUUUAAUGGUGCUCUUCAGUAAGUGAGAAGCCUCUUUUCACAAUCUCUGUGGGAAGAGGAGGUGGUUCUUAAUUUGGGCUUUCCCAGGGAUUAGCAAUGCUUGAGGAGUUGUGGGUGACAAUUCAUGUCUCCUAACCUUCUAAAGGGCUGCAGUGGGCAGUCUGGUAUGCUGUGAUGUAACCAGAUUGGAUGUGGCCAAUGUUUUGGCAAGUUUUAAGACUUGGGAUGGGAGCAGGAGGCCUCCAGAGGCAAACCACUCCCAUUCCCAACUAUCCAAAACCUAAAAAGUAUGAAAUCACCCAAGCAAAAU